AUGAUUGACGACGAGAAGCGAAUACCCGAGGCUGCACCGACGGCGAAUCCGUCCGACCGCACGCCGGCGAUGCAGACGGAUGGGAAUAGCAAGGCGCCCAGCACCGUCGUCGACUUGGACGACUCGGAGCCAAUGACAACGUCGGAGAUCAAGCACGACAGGUCCGCUGAAAAGGUCGGCGUAGAUGAUGAUGCAGAAGGGAAGGAAGCAGAAGGGAAUUUCCCUCAUUUGACGACGACGGCGCAGGUGAUGCUCGUCUUCUUCUUGACGCUGGCGAUGGUGCUUAAUGUAGGUCCAAGCGCCGCGUGGGGGGUCGAGAUUCAGUUUCUCCGGCGAGGGGCGAAAGCGAGUUUCACUAAUGAAAGGAGACUGUAUCCAGAUUACUCAAGUUCAAGCUGUUGUACUUAGUCUGGAGGCGAUAGGGAGGGAUCUGACUAUUGAAGUCGUCAAUUAUCAAUGGCUUGUGAGGCCGACGACGGUGGGACAUCUAUUCUCCGAGUCGAGCGGGCCACUGAGAUCUCGCUCCGCCGAAAUAUCUUCUCACAGACUUCGGCCUAUUCACUUGCGUUCGGUGCCGUCUUACUUCUUUUCGGUCGACUGGCUGAUAUCCACGGUCCUAAACUGUCAGUCUUGCCCGCCAGGACCGUUUGCCCGAGUCCAGUCAACUAACCGGGCCGCGACCCUCUUCUCUACAGCAUCUUCCAAUUCGGUAUGGCAUUCUUCGCCGCCUUCUCUAUCGGAGUCGCUCUCGCCCCCAGCCAAGUCGCCAUGGGGAUAUUCAGGGCCAUGCAAGGCGUAGGCAUGGGGGCCGCCAUACCCUCCGCACUGGGUAUUCUAGGCGCAUCGUUCGCCCCUGGUCAGGCCAAGAGCACAGCUUUUGCCACCUUUUCCGCUGGGGCUCCCUUGGGAGGAUCCCUUGGAUGUGUUCUUGGAGGGUUCAUGACGCAAUAUGCGAGUUGGAGAACAACAUUCUACGUAUCUGCUGGGUUGGGCGUCAUCGUCAUCGCCGGGGCCCAAUAUUUCGUCCCUCGGGAUCCACCACGCAACAUGGAAUUGACCGUUGAUUGGAUUGGCGCCGCUCUCAUCACCAUCGGUUUGACGCUCUUCACCUUCGCCCUCGCCGACGGCUCAGGAGUCGGUUGGAACACCCCUUAUAUUCCCAUCAUGUUUGUCGUGGGGUUGCUCACCUUGGUUGCGUUCUGGUUCUGGGAAAGACAUCUCGAGUUUAGGACGGAGAAGCAGCCGUUGAUGUUGACGGCCUUGUGGUUCCAAGGGAGGUUUGCGUGCGUGCAACUCAUUGGGGCGCUGGGGUGGUGUGCAUUCAGCUCGUUCAUGUGAGUCACAAACCCUUUGUCCCUUUCUAUGCUGAAAUUUUAGAAAGCUGAUGCCGUCGCCUGUGCCCUGGAUCAGGUUCUUCGCCACCGAGUGGUUCCAGAACCUUCAAGGCCUGACACCUCUUCAGGCAACGGUGCGAUUCCUCCCCAGUCCAGUCACAGGGCUGAUCCUCAAUGUGAGCAUGCGGCAGAGCCGUUCAUCGAUAAUUCAUUUUCCAAGCCCUACGCUGACGAUAGUGUCCCGGGGUACGCUCGCAUAUGAUCGUCGCGGUGCUCGCGAGUCGAAUUGGUGCUCAAUGGUUGAUCGGCAUUGGCACACUUGGGACCGGUAUCGCUCCACUGCUCUACGCUGUACAAAAGCUCCAUGCCACCUACUGGUACGUUUGACGUGAAGCGGUAACUGGCCCGAGAAAGCGAAUCUCAGGCAACCCCUUCGUGCCUGUACAGGGCCUUCCAAUUCCCCGCCAUGAUCCUAUGCGUCCUCGGCGCAGACUUCAUCUUCGCCUGCUCGAUCCUUUACGUCUCCAAAGUCGCCGGACCGGGCCAACAAUCCCUCGCGGCUGGAUUGUUCAACCUUUCGACCCAACUCGGGACGGCAAUAGGGCUUGCGAUCGCGACGAUCGUGCAGAGCAAGGUCGUCGACAAGAAGGUUGCGAAUGUGAUCGUGUCGACCAAUUCAACGGUGCCACCUUUUGCUGUGGAGGCGGGGCUGAGAGCGGCCUUUUGGACGUGUGCGGCUUUCUCGUUCGCGGGUUCGGUGGUCGUGGCACUGUGCUUGAGAGGUAUUGGGAAGGUCGGGACGAGGACGAAGAAGGUCAAGGCGGAGGAGGAAGCGGCACAGAAUAUGUACACAAUGUAGCGCUUUGGUUACUCGUUAAAUUAUGACAUUUGGCAAUUAUAGAAACAGAUUAAAAAUCCAUUCAGGAGAUCAUGGCAUCGUGCUCCUGGGUCACGCCUUCUGGCCAAGAGGACAGGGGGUCUGGACCAGCAUCGGCGCGGGCGAUCACCGAGUCGUAUGUCCUCCGGGCGAAACGCCUUCCGAAUUCGAGCAUCAAUUGUUCCUCGGGGAACUGCAUAAGCUUUUCGAUCACCAAAGGCAGGCUCUUCUUUGA